AUGAGCACCACCGCGCUAUUACAAGCCUCCACUUCUCCUCCUCCUUCGCGAGAGCCGGAAUACGCAGCAUUGGAGCAGCUCGAGCCGCCUCUGUCCCAUGCAAUCGACAUGGGGGUCAAAGUCUCACCGUCCGAGUCAGCGGCGAUAGCAGGUGGGGUCUACGUGACCGCCUCGUCCAGUUGUGGGGCCUCCACUAUCAAGCACAAUCCGUUCACGUACACGACACCGGUGGACACGUACGAGAAGGCCAAGAUGACCAUCUUGUGUCUCUUAGGAGUCCCAUUCAUUCGUUUCGUACUGCUACUCUGUGUGGGCAUUCUACUCGUCAUCGUAAGUCACUUGGCUCUCAUUGGGUACAAACCAUUGGACGCUCACUCUGGAGCUCGUCCACCUCUGCCACGUUGGAGACGUAUCGUCGGUUCGCCUGUGCCGUAUCUGCUACGGUCACUGAUGCUCAUCGUGGGUUACUACUGGGUUCCAGUGAAAUACCCUCCGAAUUUUAAUCGUCAUGCCAUGCCACGCGUCAUCGUAAGCAACCAUUUGACCUUCUUCGACGGACUCUACAUCUUCACGUUGCUAUCGCCCAGUAUCGCCAUGAAGACGGACGUAGCUAACCUCCCAUUGAUCAGUCGAAUCGUGCAGAUGAUUCAACCGAUUCUGAUCGACAGAGGAACACCCGAAGGACGUAGAAGAGCGAUGAAUGACAUCACGUCACAUGUUGCUGAUCCCAGUAAGCCUCCGCUUCUUGUAUUCCCGGAAGGCACUACAUCGAAUCAAACGGUACUGUGUAAAUUCAAGGUCGGGUCUUUCGUCUCAGGUGUACCGUGUCAGCCGGUUGUACUACGGUACCCCUACAAACACUUCGAUUUGAGUUGGCCACCUGGGGUUUCUGGGUUGUACUUGGCGUUACGUGUGUUGUGUCAGGUGUACAACCGAUUGGAAGUGGAGAUUCUACCAGCGUACUACCCGUCGGAGCGAGAACGGAAAGACCCUCAAUUAUACGCUAUUAAUGUGCGUGAGGUAAUGGCCAAAGCGCUGGGAGUUCCCACAACGAACCACGCUUUUGAAGAUGUAGCCAUGUUGAUGCGUGUCGGAGACUACGCCACAAAACACGUCGUACCACUGACAGACGUGGGUGAAGUGAUCUCGCUAACGGCACUAAAGCGAGGUGACGUAGAUCGCCUGGUGGGCUACUUCCGUCGCCACGACCUUGAUAAGGACGGCCACUUAUCUAUGCAGGAGCUACGUGCACUGUUCCCUAAUGACGAUCCUGUGAUCGUUGAUCAGCUCUUCGACCUCGUUGAUUUAGACGACAGUGGGCUCAUCGAUUUCCGGGAAUUGUGCUUGGCUCUACGUGCACUAAACCCGCAGAAUAUCAACGAGGGAGACGACGCCUUGGCGAAAUUCGCUUUCCGUCUCUAUGAUCUUGAUAACAACGGAGUCAUCGACGCCUCUGAACUGGAACAACUACUUCGCUUCCAACGCAACUUCUACGGCGUUUCUGAAGCGAGUGUUGCAGCCGCGUUACGUCAAGCUCAGGCAGAAAACACGACCGGUAUCACUUAUAACAGAUUCGAGCAGCUGGUAUUACAAAACCCCGAAGUUUUGUGGUACGUCCGCGACAAACUCGAAGUCCUACGUGGCUCCAUGCGAGAAAGCAGUCUCGAGAUUCCGUAG